AUGCCGCAGAAACUCCACUUGUCGUUUCUACCGAGUCGAAAACGGUCACCGAGAAGCAAAGACGUUCAUCAUGACCGUGACGGGAAUCACCAGCAAGAAGAUCCCGACCACCACGAGGUGCGGCUCGGGACGGUCGACGAGUCGUGCGGGCACGCGCCAGACUCGAUCUGCCUUGCCACUCGACACCGACCGCACUUGACGAGCUCCAUUCGAACGGCUACAACCGAUCGACUCUCGCCCCUCAUGUCGCCGUGCCACGGCUUCGAGUCGAACGAGUUUGUGCUUUCGGCACGGAAAGUGCGGGUGUCCGAUGCUGAGUUGAUCCAUCGGGCGUGUCAAGCCAGUGUUUUCAGUCGGAAGAAGCGACUGCUUCGCGUGCCAUCUGUCAUGUGGGACUGCAAAGACAUUGCAGGCUUUGCAAUGCUUUCCCGCCGCAUGGGGGACAAGGGAGAAGACUUUGAAGUGCUUACGACAGGCGAAGUGGCGUGUGACCCACGGGACAUUGAGCCUUUGCUCCGCUCGCGGACCGAAAGUGAGUACAAUGCAGUGGCGCGCGAGUUCUUUGGGGACCAGUUUAUCUACGGAUCGAUUGUCCAUGAAGUGCAGCCUCAAGCGUUCCAUCAGGACGAGCACGACGACGACGACGACGACGGCGAGGAGAAAGACACGAGAAGACCUAAGCAAGAGGACUUUAGCGUCCAUGCGGGCGACCACGCGACAGUUCGCACGGCCUGUUUUGCGCACGCGCGACGAUUUGCUCGGAACGAAGAGUGGUGUUUCCUGCAUCACUAUCGACCUCGCGCUGUGGCAUCUGUCACUUUCGGGUCGUCCCCUACAAAUGGCUCGACGGAAUCCUCUUUGUCGUCAUCUGGUCACGGGGUGGUGGACGAGCCCAUGGGGUUCACCAUUGUCCUGAGUUCCAUGCCGGACACGGAACUCACGGCGGGGAAAAUGAAGAAACAGCGUGUCACGCAGUUGCACGGCAUCACGGCCUCGUAUCAAGUUGAACCAGUGCCAGAGACCGACGCCUGUGCGGGCCCUCGCUCGCGCGUGAGCUUCCACGCUACGUUUACUGCUCCCCAAAGUAUUCCAGAAGGCUAUGCCGACUCGGAGACCGUGCGCACUCGACUGAUGGCCAUUGCCCGGAGCCUCCAUCGUCUCGCCGAUUUGUUGCUCCUGCGACCGCGUCCAGCGAACCACUCGAGUGUCCAGGGCAGCUUUAGCAGUCGGUCGGGCGUCGAGUACCGCGACAAUGAAGAAGCAAAUAUCUCGCGGUGCGUCGCGUGCACGAAGCGCCUUCGACUCAAAGUACUCGAUACCCCAACGCGUCGAUCGAAGCGGUGUCAGAUCUGCAUGUACCGAGCGUGUGCUUCGUGCUGGUCAAAGGAAAAUGUCGAGACUUUCAGCGGCCACACGACGAGCGUAGUCGUCUGUCGCCGGUGUUUCGAGAACUUUGGCAACAGCGACUACUCACAUAUUCAGCUCACGUAG